AUGUCCCACCGCCUCGCAAAAGCCUCCCUCCACAACCGUCUUCUCCACGACAUCAACGAGCUCCACCAGCGUCCCUACCCCAACAUCGCCCUGCAAAUCCCCUCCGACACACUCACGCACGCAUGUCUAAUACUCACAUCCGAAGCCUACGGCGCCAUGCACAUGACGGUGACCUUCCCUCCAAAAUAUCCACUCUCCCCACCGCAAAUAAAGAUGAAUUCGCGGGUGCAUCACCCGAAUAUAUUCAACGAGUAUAUCUGCGCGUCGAUACUGAAUACGGAGGAGGGAUGGACGCCGGCGUAUACGUUGAAGAGUAUCGCGAUUCAGCUGCUGAGUUUCUUCAGUAGUGAGAGUGUGGAGCAGGUGGGGGGUGGGAAUUCGGUUAAGCUGAAGUUGUGGAGAGAGUCGCGGAAGUAUGUUGCGGAUGAGUAUACUUGUGAUAAGUGUGAUUUUGGAAGUCCAUUGCCUGAGUCUAUGGAUCUGGAUCGGCGCCCGGAUUUGGAGGCUGCGGGUUUUGACAAGCUAGAGGCGAAGGGAAAGGAACAUCAACAAUCAAAGGACCGGCUUCGAGAGUUGGUCCCUCGAACUCACCAAAGUAUUCUGAAGAAAAAAGAAGAUGUGGAUAUGUUAGACGAAAAAAAUGAGCUGCUCGGUACGGAAACACAGCCAGAAGAAAAGAGAAAAGUGAUGACUUGUCCGUUGAUCCAAGCGAACUUACCAGAUGAGGUUUUGAUUAUGUUACUUAGCCAAUUGGACCAUGAAAAUAUGAUAUCUUUGGGACGAGCCUGGCAACGAUUACGUCAAGUCAUGGCCGACUAUGAUGUGAUUCGAACUCGCGAACUCCAGUGUUUCUGUCUGAAAAAAGACUUCAUCUCUGCGAAACUCGGAGUAGGAGUGAGCUAUUCCAGAAGGGGGACAAGGAAAUCGAUAGCUUCAGAGUUCGAUCUUCUCUCGGAAGAGGCUUUCGUCAUGCAUAGAAUCCGACGCUCGGUUCAAGGCAUUCCAUUUGACGAGUGGCUACCACUGCCUAUUUCCUAUGGACAUUGGAGAAAGGUAAGGCAGGACGCAACGAUAAAGUUGCUAUACAUGGCAAAGGAUGCACGCCUCACGGGCUCAUUGGAGGAAGUCGUAUAUCACUUCAUGAACGGUGUAGUGGUCGACCUCAAUGAGAAAACAGCAAAGCGGGAUCACCAUACACCACAGAGCAGCUUAACCCAUGUGUCUGAGAAGGCCAUUGAGUCGUACUUCCACCUCUUCCAUCUCCUGCUGUGUCUGGCAGCAGAAACUCCAGAGACCACCCAAAAAGCCAACCAAACGAUCAAUGGUUUCAUGGCUGGCGCCAAUUCCAAGAACGAUUGUCCAAGUUUAGGAUAUUUCCUUAUCUCUGCAUUGAUCAGCGAUGUUGAGAUGACGCAGGAAGUCUUGACGGCCAUUGUCAAAGAGACAACCAUUCGUAACGUGGUAUGGGUGCUGGACAAGAAGGGCACCGGAAACUCUGAACUGAGCUACUUGGAGCCUUCUGCCGUCUCUAAAUAUCGAAUGAGGGAGACGUUCAAGGCAAGCAAGACGUCAUAUCGUAUUUUGAUGUUCUUGAACCUGUUCCGCAGAACUGCAGUCGGUAGUCCUCGCAAGCCUUUGAUCCAACUUCGCGACGAAGCAUUCGAUCGACAUGGCGCGCCGCCACGAGGAUCCGCAAAAGAUUUGGCAGACAGCAUCAAGAAGAUCCACGACAUUGACAGUUUUGACGGUUUCUUUGAAGAGAUGGGAAUGGCGCAGCCGAGCCCACAGGAGCUCACGAGCUUCCUCCGCCAGUGUAUCGAAGACAGUAUGGCAAAAGGCUACUCAUACAUGCCCAUCAGUCAAGGCCAGGCGCUUUUCCUUCGUCUGCAGUAUGAGACACGAGUUGAGAUCGUACCGGGGUUGAAACGAAGCCCAUGCUAUAAAUACGAUGUCUCUUUCUUCCCUAACGCGAGAUCAAGGUAUUCUGGGCACAAUGGAGGGAAUGGUCGAGGCCGUGGCCGUGGUCGUGGUUGA